AUCUAGGACGAGUGGCGGUCGUCUUUCUGGUUGUUGAUGAAGUCAUCGCAUGUGCCUCAGAAAUGCCGUCCCCAUCGUCUCUACCAUCUUCAGCCCCAUCGGCGUCUCUCCUCCGGUUCCUGCGUUCUCAGUCCGAGUCUCUCUUUUUCACAGCCAACCCAACGACUCGGGGCCAGACCCGACCGCCGCCUCGUCUGCCAACGCUGAGAAACUUCACCAACUGCAGUCGAAUCGAUCCAUUGCCAUGCCACGAACCGCUCCAGGCUAGUCUACUACCCCUGCCCAGUUUUUCAGCCCGCGGCCGGGGUAGUGGUGCAAGAUGCCGAGCUUCAUUAACACCGCCUCUCGCCGCGCCGGCAUUUCCCGUUCCUAAUGCGCAACCAUCGCGCGCGGUGUCCACCAAAGACCGGCCAUUCUACCGCAGGCUACUCGACUGGAGGCGGAACAAGGCCGCAGAAAGCAACAAGUACCUGCGCACUCCACCCAGUUUGAUCGGCGACGGCACGGAGCCGGGCUUUACUCUCGGGCGCGGACUGGCGGCCAAGGCUACGAACGAGCCGCGACUGCGAUGUACGGAAUUUGACAGCAACGGGAAUGUCACUCUGGUGAAUGGCGAGUUCAAGAAGAGUGAGCUGAUUGCAAAGUAUGGCCUUCUUCCUCGGGAUCUUCGCAAGAUCGACUCGUCCACGCUGCCUCAUAUUCUUGUCCGGCCCAGCGCGAUCCUGAUCAAUCUUUUACAUCUCCGUGUUCUGAUCAAGGCUGAUCGAGUGCUCGUGUUCGAUGCGUACGGAUCGACCGACUCCUACAUGCAGUCCCUGUUCGUAUAUGAUCUGGAGGGCAAGCUGCGGCAGCGACAGGGACAAAGCGCGGGCGCUUUGCCUUACGAGUUCCGGGCGCUCGAAGCAGUCUUGAUUAGUGUCACCAGUGGCUUGGAGGAGGAGUUCAACGGCGUCCGGGAACCCGUCGUGCGCGUUCUCCGGGCCCUGGAAGAGGACAUUGAUCGUGAGAAACUGCGCCAUCUGCUUAUCUACUCGAAGAAACUGGGUACUUUCGAGCAGAAGGCUCGCCUGGUGCGUGACGCGAUUGAUGACCUGUUGGAAGCGGACGACGACCUGGCUGCCAUGUACCUCACGGAGCGUGGAAAGAAAAUUGAGCGUGAAGAGGAUGAUCACCAAGAAGUUGAAAUGCUACUGGAAUCGUAUCAUAAAGUAUGCGAUGAAAUUGUCCAGGCAAGCGGCAACUUGGUGACGGGAAUCCGUAACACAGAAGAAGUUGUCAAAGCUAUCUUGGAUGCAAACCGCAACUCUCUCAUGCUCCUCGACUUGAAAUUCAGCAUCGGCACACUUGGACUCGCAACCGGAACCCUCUUCUCCGCACUUUAUGGAAUGAACUUGAAGAACUUCAUUGAAGAAUCGGAUCUGGGAUUCGGCGCUGUCUCUGUGACUUGCUUCGCUAUCACGCUCGUCGUCUGCGUGUAUGGACUGGCAAAGCUGCGUAAGCUCCAGCGUGUUAGGAUGUGGGGUGAAGAUGGCGCAGGCGGCUCGCCUAUCGUUCAUCUACCCACGAGGGGCGGAGGUCAUGUGGGCCACCGGCCAAACUGGCGGGCUGAUACUAUCGAGCCUGUUUGGGGUAGUCUGCCUGGUGAGGCACGCUCGGAGCGAUUGAAGCGCAUCAGAGACAGCUCAGUUGCGGCUGCUGUUAAGUCCGCGGCGGCGCAGCGAGCAUCCUCGUCGACUACGGCCGGCAAUGCCCUUUCGAAGGCAGAAGGCAUUCCGUCCAAGGAAGCAUAGAAGCUCUCCAUAUGCUCCAAUGCUUUCAUGAUCCAGUGAUGAUGGCUCACUCUUACGUCUCUUACGAUAGUCUUGAUUCAACGCCUGAUCUGAUAAUGGGGCCAUCACACCGUUACAGAUGUGUCAUUUGUAAUAGUUUGC